GUAAUUUGCAAGACAAGAACUAAGUUUCAAUAUCACUCCUUGCUUUUGGCUCUCUUUGUCCUUGAUUUGGUCUAGCUUAAAGGCUCUUCACAGAGCCAUUGAUGUCAAACCGCAUUGCAAACGUAUCUGUUGAAGGUGACAUAGGCAUGUCAGAGAGGAGAACUAGCAACGAAGGAGAAGUUGUCAUCAAUGUCUCAGACGCUGCUGCUGCGUCUAGAGAUCCAUCAGCAUCUCCUUCCAAAGUAGCUGAGUCAGAUACAGGGACUACUAAACCAGAUCCAUUAAACAUCCCACCUCCAGAAAUCUAUAAAUUCUCUGGUAGCGUUCAUAAGCCACCUAAAGUUCCAGGUUCCAACACUGAAGGUCUAGUUCGAAGGAAAUCUCUUGCGAGGUCAGUUUACUCCAAGCCCAACUCAAGGUUUGGCCAACAACAGUCUUACCGGUACGAUAAGAGUACUAUAUCUGAGGAAAAUGGUGGAACUCUUAGGGAACAGUUUGGAGCUGGCUCAUUUUCAAGAAACUCUUUUAAUAGAGCUUCCCCUAAUAACAAAUCCAAUAGGAGUGUUUGCUCAAAUGCCAUGAGUAAAGUUGUUGAAGAGGAAACCGAUGAAAAUGAAGAAAUCUACGAAAAGGUUAAGCUACACCGAGUGAAGCGUGGUGGAAUCAAACCUCUAGCUCUGCUUGAGUUGCUACUGUUUCUAGCCAUUCUUUCCACUUUGGUUGUGAGUUUAACAAUUGAUACGGUGAAGGAGCAUUGCAUUUGGGGAUUGGAAGUUUGGAAAUGGUGUGUUCUUGUGAUGGUGACUUUUAGCGGCAUGUUGGUGACGAACUGGUUCAUGCAUUUAGCGGUGUUCAUCAUAGAAAAGAACUAUCUUCUACGUAAGAAAGUGUUGUAUUUUGUGCAUGGUUUGAAGAAGAACGUUCAAGUCUUUAUUUGGUUCAGUCUGGUGUUGGUUGCUUGGGUCUUUCUCUUCGACCAUGACGAGAAACGCUCUCGUAAGACCACCAAGUUUCUCGACUUUAUAACGUGGACUAUUGUCUCCCUCCUGGUCGGUUCAAUCAUUUUCUUGGUGAAGACAUUUGCCUUGAAAGUCCUUGCUUCAAAGUUCAACGUCAGAAACUUCUUUGAAAGAAUUCAAGAGUCAGUCUUCCACCAAUAUGUUCUCCAGACACUCUCGGGACCUCCGCUUAUAGAAGAGGCAGAGAUCAUUGGGCGCGAGCCAAGCACGGGCCAUCUUAGUUUCACAAGCACCAAGAAUGGGAGGGUGAAAGGGAAAAAAGUUCUUGAUAUGGGAAAGGUUCACAAGAUGAAACAAGAGAAGGUCUCAGCUUGGACAAUGAGAGUUUUGAUUGAAGCAGUUGGAGCUUCAGGUCUCUCAACCAUAUCAAACACUUUGGAUGAGUGUAGCAAUGGUAAGGAGAAAGCUGAUAAAGAGAUAACUAAUGAGAUGGAGGCUGUGGCUGCUGCCUAUGAUAUUUUCAACAAUGUUGCUCAGCCAAACAACAAUUACAUAGAGGAAGAUGACUUGCUGAGGUUCAUGAUUAAGGAAGAGGUAGACCUUGUACUCCCUUUAAUAGAUGGUGGCGAGAGUGGAAAAAUCACACGCAACGCUUUUACAGAAUGGGUGAUUAACGUUUACACAAGUCGAAAAGCAUUAGGACAUUCACUGAACGAUACAAAGACAGCAGUUAGACAAGUGGACAAACUUAUAACUGGAGUCUUGUCUGUCAUCACUUUCAUCAUUUGGUUGGUGCUUUUAGAUAUAGCAACAACCAAGUUCUUGGUGGUCUUCUCUUCACAAUUCGUGGGUCUUGCUUUCAUGAUCGGAAGUACUUGCAAGAAUAUCUUUGAGUCCUUUGUGUUUGUCUUCGUGAUGCACCCUUAUGACGUUGGUGAUCGUUGCGUUGUCGAUGGUGUACUGUUGUUGGUUGAAGAAAUAGAUCUUUUAACUACCGUGUUCCUCAAGAUUGACAACGAGAAAGUGUUCUAUCCAAAUGCGACUUUGAUAUCAAAACCAAUAAGCAAUUUCUAUAGAAGUCCAGAUAUGGGAGAUUCAGUAGAAUUCUCCAUUGCAUUCUCAACACCAGCCGCAAAAAUCGCCACUCUCAAGGAAAAAGUAGCAGAAUACUUGGUGCAAAACCCACAAAACUGGUAUCCAGAACCCAUGUUGAUGGUGAAGGCCAUUGAGAAUGUGAACAAGCUGAAUUUGAAUCUACUCGUCCAACACACCAUGAACUUCCAAAACUUUGGAGAGAAGAAUCUCAGAAGAACCGGGCUGGUCAUUGCACUUAAGCGAAUACUUGAGGAGCUUGAGAUCGAUUACACCCUUCUUUCUCAAGAAGUUCACCUCACCGGUCAUAAAUAAUUGGGAAAAGCCACUCUUCCUUUUUUUCCUUUUUGCAUUUAUUCAAAGUAGUACUAGUUAUCUUAAUUUGCUUCAGUUUAAUUUGAACUCAAAAAGCUUUAACUUAGUUUGCGUUUCUCUUUGAGUACCAACGUUACCUUUCGGUAUGGAUUCCUUUUUGUUUACUUUAUGUUACUGUUUAAAUCUGGG